AUGUCUGGUUCCAACAUUCCGCUCAAACAGUCGCACGUCGUUACGGUUUCUGGUAUCGUUGAGAACAGUGCUGUGUACUCCAAUGUAGCUCCCACUUAUCUUCCUCUACAACACCCCCCUUCAGACAACCGAAACUACUCCUACCGCUCUUGCACGGCCGCCAUCACCUGUAACGGCUGGAACGGGGACAAUAAGAAAGAGUACGACGGCAAAUUCACGGCGUACUGUUCAUCCCUCCAAGUUCCACAUGAAGGUGAAUGCUACUGCAUCAAAGCCCGCUUCCUACCAGCAAAGGACUCCGCCGACUUCAACAUGUACUACGAGGCCGAGCACAAGGUUUUCGUCGGUACGAGUGAAACCUUUAUUGGCGUCCUUCACCAUAAUACAGCACUUUCUGGCCUCGGGAUUGUUUCUAGCCGCCGUACCAUCCCUGAUGAGGACGACACCAAGUCUACGUUGUGCUUCGUGAUGAAACACAUUGACUACCAACCUCAGGCUCGCAAGAACCAAUACUUCGAAAUCGAGUAUCGCAUCCGACCCACCCGGAACAUGGAGAAGAGUCAAAACUUGGUACAAGUCGGUCGCGAGACUCUCAUUUCCGGUUUCAUCGUGGAUUGGGAUGGCGAACACAAUCGCUGGAUUGUCGAGGUCAUUCCAUCUUUUCCAACCUCAUUUAUCCCUGAACCUGUAUUAAUACUGCUCCUUGCGUUUAUAGGUCACCGGCGCAUAUCUCGACCCCAACUACCCCUUCCAAUGCAGUCGCGACUCGCCGGUCCCUCUUCGACCCCUGUCUCUGCACAAUCCGCUACAGCAGCCAAACGCAAGGUACCUCCAGUAGAAGAGGCGUUGUUUUCGCCACCUGUUACAGGCCGACGCACCAGGCCUGCCAAACAUGUUCCCAAAACUGUAAAGCCUGUAGCAGCUAAAAGCGGCCGAGCGGUAGGCAAAGGCAAAGCCAAGGCCGCCACUCCGGUUCAGGAAGCAGAAGAGCCUCCUGCCAACGAAGAGUUCCUUUCGGAAACCGAGUGGCCACUCACCCCAGUUCCCCCCGCAAAGAAAGCUUCUCCUGUCAAGGCCAAGAAAGCGAAACCUGCCUCGAAGCCGCUUCCUCUUGACGAAGAACCAGCUGAUGACGUUGACGAGCCACUCGAGGAUAGCGAGGCCGAAUCCGAGCAGUAG